AUGAACUCGCAACAGCCAUGGGCUGAGGAGCAGUGCCUGAGCUUUGAGGGCUGCAACUGGCACCACGAGAUCCGGACAAGAGAGGAGUGCAUAGAGGAUCAGUUCCAGAACAACGAGUUCUGCGGGUGUCAGGAGGCGGUGUGCCCCCAGCAGAGCCGGCGCUCCGGCUGCGUCACCGGGCAGGUGUAUACGGACUACUGCUAUGACGCCCGGGAGAUGCUGAGGCCCCUGGAGCUGGCCUGCGCCAUCAUCGCCACCACGGCGACUCAGUUGAAGAGGUGCCGGGACUUGGCCGACGUGCAUAGUUUCAUGUACCGAUACUGCGUCUCGACUCCUUGCUUCCCCCGGGACGUGUUCUUCCUGGCGGACGAGACGAAGUGCAACGACAACAUGCGGCGGGAGUUCCAGGGCUGCUACGACAGCUGCGUCAUGCCCAGCGGCCCCAACCCAGACAUCAACCGCCCAGUUUGCUUCCACGAGCUCUGGGACAACGAGACCGACCAGGACUGCUACUUGAAGCCCGGGGACGCCAAGGUCCACUACAGCCCGCCCCUGGGCGCCGAGGACGUGGACGCCAACUGGGCCGGGUCGCUGCGCAUGGAGCUGCCCAUCGAGCGCCGGCCCAGGUACUGCUCCAUCCGCCUCUGGCAGGAGCUGGAGCAGGCCCAUCCUCCCAGGUCCCUGGCCGCAGAGACGGCUCGACUUCUGUACCGCGUGUCGCAGGAGAGCGCCGCGGCAGACCGCGAGCUUCGGCGCACGGAGGGCAGCCGCCGAGAGGAGGAGGUCUUCUCCACCGCGGAGCCGCCGCGGUUCCUGGGCUGCGACAUGGGCCCCCUGGAGCUGACCCCGGAGUCCUCCAUUGCCUGCAGGGCCAAGUUGGAUUACACCUGCUGCUUCUCCCCGGGCAAUUUGACCACCGGCUCCUGCCGCUUCUGCGUGGACGCCAACACCACCACGUGCCUCGUGGGGCAGAAGGUGAUGGCGCUGUGGGCCCCGAACUUGCGGGCUUACCCUGCGGUCCUGGCGGAGGACCUGGGGUCCGACCUGGCGCGUGUGGACUGGGAGGACGGGGACAUCUACUACCGGCAGGUGGCCUGGGCCUGGCUGCGGAGUCUCACUGGAGCAGGCUGCCAUCCGGUGGGCCAGGGUUGCGCCUCUCACGCACAGUGCCCGCCGGAGCACUACUGCUUCAGCUGUGAGACCUGCGCUUUGGCCUAUGGUGGGAACCCUCCCCCGGGGCUCUGCGACCCCUGCCCAACCCACCGCAUGGGGGGCUGCGGCAAGAUCGACGCGUGCGUGCGGCUGCAGGACAGCAUCGAUGGGGUGUGCCCCACGGGGCAGAUCCAGUGCCCAUGCAAAGAUGAGUGGAGCGUACGGUAUCAGUACUCUGGCGCUCCAGUGGAGCAGAGCAUCAACGACUGCUACUUCGACCAAGCCAGAGACAUGCGGUGGUGCGAGGUGGAUGCUGCCUACUUCAAUACCGGUUGCCCGUUGCAGCGUAUCGUGGGCCGGGAUCGCUUCAUCUUUUGGCAGCCUUGUCGUCCCAAAACCUGCGACCAAUGCAACUGCGACUGCAGCAGCAAGUGCCAGGCCUUUGACGUGUUGCCCGUGGAGGGCCGUCUGCCACCCGAGGUGGUGCCCGGGGUGCUGGAUGCUCCUCUGAGCAGCUUCCUGAAGGUCUAUGCGGGCGUCAUCGCCCCCAACUGCACCCAGGGUAGCUCUGCACGCAUCCGCGACGUGUGCGACUUCUGCGUGGCCUGCUGCAACGACUACUGCAACGCCAAGGUCAAAACGGAGGGGGGGUUUGAUUGCACCACCACGGAGGUGUCCGGGUGCUCCGACAUGGUGCAUGGCUGGGUGGAUAGUGUGGGCAGGACUUGCUCGGCCUACGUCAUUGACAGCUUGUGCACCUUGCAAGGGCUUUAUGGCACCAACUGGGUCUACAACCCCCCGCGCACCUUUGCCGACUUCUCCUCCAGCGGGCUCGCGGCCGCUGACGUUUGCUGCGAUUGCGGGGGCGGAGUGGAUUGCAGCGACCGGCCCUUUGACUGGAUGGAUGCUGGUGGCCACCCCUGUGCCACCUACGAGUCCUUGAAGUGGUGCAACCGCACUGGCUACGGGCCCGGCUGGGACUUGACGUGGGGCCCUUUCACGCAAGGGGUGGGGGGAGUGGACGCCCACACCGCCUGCUGCAUUUGUGGCGGGGGUGAGGCUCUUGUGAAGCCCGAGGUGCUGAAUAACCUGGUGAACAACGAGGGCACGUGCCAGGCUGUGUGGCCGGGCCGCGCGCGCUGGGAGAGCCCUCCGUGGUUCCAGCGGGGCGUCCACCUCUGCCAGCUGAACAGCAACAUUUGCGCGCGGAAGCUGCAGGCGACGGUCUACGACCCGGGCAGGGCCACCAACGUGGCGGAUGACGAGCGGAUCUUCGGCCUCUGCCUGCAGCGGGCCUACGACACGGGGACCUUGCCGUAUUUGGAGGACUUCGAGAUGUCCAUCGCCCCGGGCGGGCGCCGGGUUCAAGACAACGCCACGGAACGGGCCCGGCAGCUGGCGGUCUUGGAUCGGAACCAGGAGAUGGACCCCACGGUCUUGACCAGGGAUCUGUUCACGCAUGGCGCCUCUAUCCGGGUGGACUUCUUCGGGAACCGGGGUUUUGGCAUGUGCUCCUACCGGAUGCCGGACCCCCGGGAGAUGUUCGGGGGCCCCAGCCGGCGUCUGUACCCCCCGCCGCUCCUGCCGCCGCGGACCGGGGAGGUGGACGCCUUCGAGCGGCCCUCACUGCAGGCCUUGGGGUGGCCCAAGGCCUUCCUCAGCGCGCUCUUUGAGGACGGGGAUGCGCUCCUGGCCAUUGACAGGACUGUGGGGAGGAUAAACCUGGAUACCAGCACUGACAUCAGCAGUGUCCUGCGCGGCCUUCUGGCGAGAAGCGGCGUGGCGAUUGAAUUGUCAGCAAACUUCCAGACGAAGAUUCAGGAGUGGAUGAACAUGCUGAGCCAGCUGGAGUGUAAGGGCCCCACAGAUGACCUGACCAAAUUCAGCCAGCAGACGCUUUGGCGACCGGAGAUUCUGCACGACCAGAUCAGCUGCGAGAUUCAGCGCUGCGACGUGGACGAGCUGAUCCUGGACGAGCUCACCUGCCGUCUGACCUACGGCUGCACCGCCGACUGCACGUUCUGCGCCUCCCCGGCUCUGGCCACCCAGGACAACGGGCUCUGCGUCUCGGAGGAUGUGGCGGACUGUGCCCGGCUGGGGGGCAUGGUGGUGGAAGGCGACCUCUUUGAUGAGAAGAAGAUGGGGGUGAGGCGCUUCCGAAGGGUGUGCGCCUUGCGGCACCGACCCAUCCUGUACUGCAUGGGCCCUGGCUAUUUCGUGAAGAGGUGCGAGAACUUUGACGAGGAUCAUUGCGAGGGAGACCCACUGGCCGUCUUGAUGGGCUGCCACCAGAGCGUGCGCCCCUGCCAGACGGAGGACCAGUGCACCUUGUCCGGCCACUGCAGCGAUGCCGACAUCGGCCUGAACCUGGCUUCCCCGGGCACCUGCGUUGUGACGCCUUUGGAUGACAACCUGAUCCAGCAGGGCUGCGUCAUCGGAGGUGGCAGCUCCUUCCCAGAUGGCUCUUGCUUCUUUCGCCUGGACCCGCCCUUUGGGAUGGAGGUCCGGAAGCGCCACGGUCUCAUGGACCUUUCUGGGCAGACCCUUGACGUGGAGGGUACCCAGCUGGAGGAUGCCGCGGCCUGGGCGGUGUCGCUGCAGGAGGCGCAGCUGGCGGCCGAGACGGAGGACCACGACCGGAUCCGGGCGCGGCUUCGAGGCGCGGGGCGGCUGAACCAGACGGAGUGCGAGCGCCUGAGCCCGUCCGCGCCCUUCAAGGCUGUGUGGAUCGAGCGCUCCGUGACCCCCACCUCCUGCUCCAAGUGGAAGGCCUGCUGCCUGCUGCGGCGUGGCGACCGUUGCGAGCUCUUCACCAGCAACGUGGUGAACGCCGAGGAGCCAGAGGCUGCGGCCAGGCAGGCGGAGUGUGCCUUGUGCGGCGGGGAGUGGCUGGAGGUGUUCCGAUGGACCUCAGGAGUCUGGAAGCGCGGAGACAUGGAGCCCCCCCGUCGCGCGUGGUACACGCGCGAGUGGGGACCCAUCAAUCGCUGGGCCCAAGUGGCAGACAUCGACAUUUUGCGGCGGCUGUUUGAGAAUGCGCUGGAGGCGCGGCUGGGCCAACAGCGCCUGAAUGCCGCCGUGGGUAUGGUUGAGCCUCUUAUGACCUCCCUGGAAAUGUUCGCUGCGGCCUGCGGCAGCGAGUCGGAGGUCAUGGAUGCCUCGGUGCAGCGGGAGGAGACUCUCGAGGACAAGCUGGCUGGCCCGCCUUUGAUGCAGCUUCCCUCAGCGCAGAUUGAGCUAGGCCAAAUCCUUGCAACUUCGGGCCUCAUCAGCCAGGGGUCUGUCGGGGAUGUGCGGCUGUCCUGGCAUGAGUACACCACCUCCAGAACUGGUGCGGACAAUGGCGCAGCUGUGAUCUAUGACGUGAGUGUGCUGCCCUUUGAGUAUAUCCUUGGUGCGGCCGCCCCGCAGAUUGCCAUGCCCGGGCGCUCCAACUUGGUGCGUAGCUACCUUUUGGAUUUCCUCGUUUUUCAGGAUACCACGACCAGCUUGUCUCCUGCGAGCAUGGAGACCGUGGAUGCUGGAGGUAUCAGGGGUGGCUAUCCAGCCUGGAUCAUCAACGAGAUGAUCAAGCUGGACAUCGAUCCAGAGGCGGAGGCCGAGGCGGCGGCGGACCUGGCGGCGAAGCUUGCAGCCACGGAGGAGAGUCGGCGCCAGGAGCGGCAGCGUGCGGCGGAGGAGUUGGCGCGGGCGGCGGACGGGUCCACCGGCCUGCCAUGGAGCAGCCUCUACGUUUUGACCGGGGACUACUGGCAAAAUGUGAGCUACGAUUUGACUGUGGGGGACAUCGAUCUGGCCAAUGCCUCCUGCCGCAACGUGGUGGCCAAUUUUCAGGGGGAGGUGUUUGGCCAGAUCAUCGGGGACUGCGUCCACGUGAAGAGCUCCGAGCCCCUGGAGAACGGUCUGGAGCUCUGUGUGCCCCUCACCUUCGGCCAGCAGGACAUCGAGGCCUUCAACCAGACGGAGCAGGCCUUCAGCGCGGGCAUGCGCCUGGACUUCGCGGUGGCGCGGCAGGUGCCCAGCUAUGCCACGGAUGUGCCGCCGGCGCUGCAGGCGGGCACCCAGGUGCCCGGGAACCUGGGCACCGUGAUGUGGAACUGGGUGGACAGCGUGUCGUGGGGCCGUCUGGUGCCCGGGUGGCAGCACCUGUCUCCGGCCACGCUGCCCGCUGAGCUGCAGACCGGCGCCACGGGGGCGCGGCUGUGUUCCAAGAUCUUCGAGGCAGAUUUGACCUACUGCCCCAUCCUGCGGCUGGGCACGCACCCGCGGAGCCCCAUUUGGACCAACGCCUCUGGGACGCCCAAGGUCGACAACUUUGACUCUCGCUGCCCGCACUAUGACAUGGUGCUCUCAGAGAUCCACAGGCGCCAGACGCACAGCCCACCCGUGGCCUAUGUGCCGUUGGACCAGCAGCUUUCGGAUCCGGACCUGAUGAGUGGCAGAGCCUCCAAGGGAGAGCUGACGGCGGUCGAGCCCUUGUCCACUUUGCCGGUGUGCCUGCCUGGGCAGUGCAUGGUGCAGCGAAACUAUGGAUUUGAGAUCAUGGCAGCUGAUUCAGCUUUGGCCCAGUGUGCGAUAUACUGCUAG